AUGUACCUUUUAUUACGCCGUCUUCCUGAUGCUUUCGCACAACUGAUCACUAAGUGCGUGAGCGAUGAUGCUCUUGAGGUCAAGGAUCUCCGAACCUCAAUCGCUAGUUAUCGUAAACCCUCCCAAGAGCAGCUAAACUGGUGGCUAGACCUAAUGAAUAGAAUUGGAUUGUCUACAUUAGGCAUAUCUAAGGAUACCAAUGAUUGGUCCAUUAUGCAAGAGGAUGAGUUUGGGAAGCUGAAGGAAACUUUUAAGAGAUGGAAGGAUGAGCUAUGUGUGCGGGUUGUGGAGUGGGACCUUAUCUUCUUGAUCCUCGAAAAGAACCUUCCUCUUUCCGACGAUACAAGGCCCGAGUGA